AUGGGAAAUGGAGCUCAUGACGAUUAUGCUAAAAAGCAAGCAAAACAGCAGCCUCACAACAAGUAUAAACUCAAGAUUCUUUUGCUUGUUAUUUUUACAAAUCUUCUCACUAUAUACAUCUUCAGUGGCCCUUCUUUAAACUGGAAGUUAACUGGGUACAGCAACCACUUUUCUCUCCCUCUUUGGGGCUCUUCCAUUCUCUUGCAGGAGCUCAACUCUACUAAAUUGGAGCUUGCAGCUAGUCAUUCCUUCAUUGUUGAGUUGCAGCAGCAGCUCAAGUCUACUAAUCUGCUUGUAGAGGCCUUGUUGAUUGAGCUUACAAGAGAACAGGAACAUUCGACUCAGAAGGUAGCGGGUGUGUCUGGUGGGAAGUUCAAUGCUGACUUAAUUGUCAGAUUGCCUAAUGAACUGAGGGCUGCAUUAGGUCCUCACAAGCUUCCCUUAGGGAAGUCUCCAACAACAGGAUUGGAUGAAGUAAACUCGCCGGUUGGGGCAGGCUGCUUUAAGUUUCAAGAGGAGUUGGUUCAGUAUAUGACAUAUGAGAUUGGCGGGGAGUGUCCUGUAGAUGAUGUUUUUGCACAGAGGCUUUUGCUUAAAGGCUGUGAACCAUUGCCUCGUAGGAGAUGCCAUCCUAAGUCCCCUGUCAAUUAUGUUGAGCCGACGCCAUUUCCAGAAAGUCUAUGGGCAAAAGCACCAGACACCAGCAUCAUUUGGGAUCCUUACACCUGCAAAAGCUACCAGUGCCUCAUUGACCGAAACAAUGCGCCAGGUGUCUUUGAUUGCAAAGAUUGCUUUGACCUGCAGGGCAGAGAGAAGAAUAGAUGGCUCUUUGACAGAGGCCUGGAUUAUGGCAUUGAUCAAGUUCUGAACACGAAACCUCGAAGGACAAUCCGAAUUGGACUUGAUAUAGGAGGAGGAUCCGGCACAUUUGCUGCUAGAAUGAGGGAGAGGAAUGUGACAGUUGUCACAACUUCAAUGAAUUUUGAUGGUCCAUUCAACAGCUUUAUUGCUUCAAGAGGGUUGAUACCAAUGCAUGUUAGUGUUUUCCAGAGGCUUCCUUUCUUUGAAAACACACUGGAUAUAGUACAUUCGAUGCACGUCCUAAGCAACUGGAUCCCAGAUGCCAUGCUUCAGUUCACACUCUUUGACAUCUAUAGAGUGCUGAGGCCAGGAGGGCUUUUCUGGCUUGACCACUUCUUCUGCUUUGGAUCACAGCUAAACGAAACUUAUGUUCCAAUGUUCAAUAGGAUUGGAUUCAGGAAACUCAGAUGGAAUACUGGUAUGAAGCUUGAUCGGGGAAUUGACAAGAAUGAAUGGUACUUUUCAGCUCUGCUGGAGAAACCAAUGAGCUGA